AUGGUGGAUUUCACCGAAGAAGAGUGGGGGCUCCUGGACCCUUCUCAGAAGGAGCUCUACAAGAAAGUCACACUGGAGAAUGUCCAGAAUCUGCUGUCCCUAGACCAGGUAUCUGACAAAUUCACUGAAAACAUUACGCUAAAAACCAUGGAAGGGGAUUCUGAUGAAGAGACCAGAUUCCAAGUAAAUGAGUUGACUAGAAAGCUGGGGACUUCUGUGGAAGAAUGUGACCUGAAGAGAGUCAUGAGUGAUGGUCCCUGUGACUUCAAGUUGAGAGAAAUCCAUGAUUCUAAUAUCAAGGUAGAUAAGACUCCAAAGAGUGCCUGUAAAUUUGAUGAAAUUGGAAAGAGAUUCAUUCAGUCUUUAAUCCUAAAUCAAUGUAAGAAAAUGACCUCAGGGAAUGAUUGUUUUCAGGAUCAGAAAUACAGCAAAGGCUUUACUGAACAGGUAGAGCUUUUUCAGUCCCAUGAGCAACCUCCUGAAAUGCAGAUGUGUCCAGAUAAUCAAUGGGAUAUGGCCAUUAGAAGGAGUUCAGACCUCAGUAGGUGUCAGGAAAGUGAUACUGAAGGAAGGUUUUUUGUAAGUCAUCAAGGUGGGAAGAUUUUGAGUCAGAAAUCUAAGCUCAUUAGUCAUCAGCCAAUUCAUAGUACAAAGGAGUCUGAGGAAUAUAAUGAAGGUGAAGCAACUUCAUCCCAUCAUUCAUCUCUUCCAUACCAUACCAGAGUUCAUUCUGGAAGGAAAAGAUAUGCAUGUGAUCAGUGUGGGAAGGCAUUUGCUUGGAAAUCAGGUCUUGGUAGACCUCAGAAGAUUCCUCCUGGGGAGGAGUUUUAUAAAUGUACUGAAUGUGGGAAGGCUUUCUGCUAUAGCUCUCUCCUUACUGAUCUUCAGAGAAUCCACCCUGAAGAGAAACCUUAUGAAUGUGAUGAAUGUGGAAAAACUUUCACAACAAAACACCUACUUGCUUUACAUCAAAGAAUCCACACUGGAGAGAAGCCUUUUGAAUGUAUUCAUUGUGGAAAGGCUUUCAGAUAUAGGUCCACUUUUGUUGAACAUCAGAGAAUCCACACUGGAGAGAAACCUUUUAAAUGUAACCAAUGUGGGAAGACUUUCAGACAGAGGUCGAAUUUUACUACACAUCAGAGAAUCCACACUGGAGAGAAGCCUUUUGAUUGUAAUCAAUGUGGAAAGACUUUCACUCAGAAAUCCACUCUUAUUAAACAUCAGAGAAUACACACAGGACAGAAGCCUUUUGAUUUUAAUCAACGUAGAAAGGUUGUUGCACAGAGAUCCAAUUUUGCUAAACAUCAGAGAAUAUACAUUGGAGAGAAGCCUUUUAAAUGUAACCAAUGUGGAAAGGCUUUCAGAUGGAGGUGCAUUCUUACUCAACAUCAGAGAAUCCACACUGGAGAAAAGCCUUUUCAUUGUAAUCAAUGUGGAAAGAAUUUCACACACAGAUCCAAUCUUGCUAAACAUCAGAGAAUCCACACUAGAGAGAACUCUUUUGAUUUUAAUCAGCAUAGAAAGAUUUUUGCAUGGAGGUCCAAUCUUGCUAAACAUCAGAGAAUAUACAUUGGAGAGAAGCCUUUUGAAUGUAUUCAAUGUGGAAAGGCUUUCAGAUGGAGGUGCAUUCUUGCUCAACAUCAAAGAAUCCACACUGGAGAGAGGCCCUUUCAUUGUAAUCAAUGUGGAAAGACUUUCACACAGAGAUCUAGUCUUACUAAGCACCAGAGAAUCCACACUGGAGAGAAUCCUUUUGAUUUUAAUCAACAUCGAAAAGUUUUUUCACAGAGGUCCAAUCUUGCUAAACAUCAGAGAAUAUACAUUGGAGAGAAGCCUUUUGAAUGUAUUCAAUGUGGAAAGGCUUUCAGAUGGAGGUCCAGGCUUGCUAAACAUCAAAGAACACACUCUGGAGAAAAGCCUUUUGAAUGUAUUCAAUGUGGAAAGGCUUUCACACUAAGGUUCAAUCUUACUAAACAUCAGAGAAUCCACAGUGGAGAAAAACCUUUUGAUUGUAAUCAAUGUGGAAAGGCUUUCAGGUGGCGGUGCACUCUUGCUCAGCAUCAAAGAAUCCACACUGGAGAGAAACCUUUUGAUUGUAAUCAAUGUGGAAAGGUUUUCAGAUACAGUUCCAGCCUUGCUAAACACCAGAAAAUCCACAGUGGGGAGAAACCUUUUGAUUGUAAUCUAUGUGGAAAGACUUUCAUAGACAGUUCUCAUCUUGAUAGACAUCAGAGAAUCCACACCGGAGAGAAACCUUUUACUUGUGAUCAAUGUGGAAAGGUUUUUGCAGAGAAGUCCAAUCUUGCUAAACAUCAGAGAGUCCACACUGGAGAGAAGCCUUUUGAUUGUAAUCACUGUGGAAAGGUUUUUGCAGAGAGGUCCAAUCUUGCUCAACACCAGAGAGUUCACACUGGAGAGAAACCUUUUGAAUGUAUUCAAUGUGGAAAAGCUUUCAGAUACAGGUCCAAUCUUGCUAAACAUCAGACAAUGCACACUGAAGAGAAACCUUUUGAGUUCAGUCAAUGUGGAAAGGCUUUCUCAUGGAGAUGCAGUCUUGGUAAACGUCAGAGAAGCCAUACUGGAAAGAAGCCUUUUUAAUCUAAUGUGGAAAGUCUUUCACACAGAGCUCCAGUCAUGUCAAAUAGCAGAGUCCACACUGGAAGGAAAUGUUUUGAAUGUUAUCAAUGUAGAAAGACUUUCAUAGACAGUUUUCCUCUUAAUAGACAUUGGAAAUUUGGAGAAAAAGCUUUUGAAUGUAAUCAAUGUUGGAAGGUUUUUGAUCAGAGAUCCAAUCUUGCUAAACGUCAGGGAAUACACACUGGAGAGAAUGCACCUGCCUUCCUCUCUGCUCCCAUUUUUGAUCUCCAUCACCUGCAAUGUCAUGGCCAUGGGAAUGAUUUUUAUUCUGACUUAGCCUUCUCCUAGUCUAUCACCUUCUACUCCAGGGCUUAAAUUCUAUCUGGAUCUAAAUGCAAAAGAUUGAUUCCCCAAAGAGUUUCUCCUCCCUCAGUUGUCCCUCUACUGUCUCUCCCCUCCCACUCUUCCUUCUUCAUUCUACUUUGGGCCUCAGACUCUUCUCCUUCUGAGUAGGAAGACUGUCACAAUGAAACUUAGACAGGAGACCAACCCAAAGGACUGGACCCUAGUUUUGAGAUCUUGGCAGGAUGAUUCUUGAAAAAAAUUAAGGUUUUGUAUGCUGUCUCAUUUGUAACUAUAAAUUCAUGUGAAAACUUACCAGAAUUUAUAGUGAUACUGAAAUGUUGUUACUUUUUUGGUACUAGGUCUUCUUUUACUGUUUUCUUUAUACAUAGAAAUGUUAAGACAUUUGAAGUCUAGACUUUUAGUAUUCAUAUUCAUUCAUAUCUGUGGUUCCUUUCAGUGUGAUAUAGUUUCCUUGCUUGUUUCCUUUUAUGUUUUUAAAGAUUGUUUUUGCUUAAUUGCAAAUUCUGAUUUUUUUAGGGUUAUCUAAUUAGCAGAACAUAUUUUAUCAGACCAUUUAUCUUUAUUCUGUGUAUUUUUUAAAAAUUUAAAUAUUUCACCUAUACACCAGACAGUGGUUUUGUUUUCUAAAUUAUCACACUUUUUUUUUUUUAACUUUUACUUAAAAUUAAGUGUUAGGUUCAUAUCUCUAUCCCAUCUCCACAUAUUAAACCUUUCUCUAGAUAUAGAAUUUUGCUCGUUUAUCCCUUUUACCUUAUUUCCUCUUACCUAAUCAUUUAAUUCAUCUUCUUUUUCUUCUCCUAAGUUAAUUGUUAAGUAAAAUCCCUUUUUCCUGUUGUCUACUUCCAAUUAUUUUGUUUUUUUUAAUUCAUUUUUCUUGGCUUUUCCUUGAAAUUUUCUCCAUUUCUCUUUUCUUUCUAAUUAUUGAAUCUUUUUGUUUUUUGAAUCAUGAGAGUUACACUGAAUUAGUUAGGCCUUCUUUCUUUUUUUGUAUAUCUUAAAGCAUUAAGAAUUUUUUAAAAAAUAGUAUUUCACUUUCCCCCCAAGCUUAUGUUAAGACUAUUUUUAGCAUUCAUGUUUUGGAUUUUUUCCCCCUGCUUUCCCUCCCUUCUAUGUACAAUGGUAGGCAAUUUGAUAUAGAUUAUAUGUGUGUGAUUAUGUAAAACAUAUUUCCACACUAGUUCCAGUUGUGAAAGAAGAAAUAGAUCAAAAGUAGGAAAAAAACAUACAAAAAUGAAGUGAAGAAAAUGCUUUGAUUUGUAUUGGGUGUACUAGUUCUUUAUCUGGAUGUGGAUAGCACCAUGAAUCCUUUAUAGAGUUGUCUUGAAUCAUUGUAUUGUUGAGAAGAGCUAAGUCAUUCAUAGAUGAUCAUUAGACAAUAUUGCUGAUGCUUUCUACAGUGUUUUUUUGGUUCUUCUCAUUUCACUUUCCAUUAGUUCAUACAAAUCUUUCCAGAUUUUUUUGAAAUCUUCCUGCUCAUAAUUUCUUAUUGCACAAUUAUAUUCCAUUACAUUCAUAUACCACAACUUAUUCAGCCAUUCUCCAAUUGAUGGACAUCCCCUCAAUUUCCAGUAUGAAAAUGGCUGUUAUAAAUAUAUUUUGCACUUGUAGAUUCUUUUUUCUCCUCUUUCUUAUCAUUUGUAUGAGAUACAGCCCUUGCUUCUAAGGAUAUGCAAAGUUUAGUUGUCCUUUGGACAUAGUUCCAAAUUGGUCUCUAUUAUAGUUGGUUCAGUUGGAUCAGUCCACAAGUCCAAUAGUGCAUUAAAGUCCCAAUUUUCCCAUAUUAUCUCCAACAUUUUGUCUUAUUAAUCAAUAUGAUAGUUAUGAAGUGGUACUCCAUAGUUGUUUGACUUUACUGUUUCUGUACACAGAAGUGAUUUAGAGCAAGACUUCUUAAACUUUUUCCACUUAAAAUCUCUUUUUUCCCAAGAAAUUAUUACAUGACCCUGGGUAUAUAUAUACCUACAAUAGUAAAACAAAUCAAACUUUUACUGAUAAUCAUAAAAAAAUUUAUUUUAAAACAAUUCUUAUGGUGUUCAUAUAAUUCUACCAUUUAUUAAAGAUGAAAUCAAAUUUUUGCAAUAAUGAAAGAGUAUGCUUGUUUAUUUUUAUAUAAAGAAUUAAAUCUUCCUAGCUAUGUGACCCUAGGCAAGUCACUUAACCCCAAUUGCCUCAGCAAAAACAAAUAAAUAAACCUGUUAAAUCCAUUUUAAAAAAAGAAUUAAAUCUUGCAGAAUAUUUGAUACUUUUUACUGUUGCCAAAUUUUGGUGACCAUCACAUUCAAUUAUGCAACCUCAUAUUAAUGAAUUAUAAACCACAGUUUAAGAAGCUUUGAUUUUGAGCAUUUCUUCAUGUGCUUAUAGAUAGCUUUGAUUUCUUUACCUGAAAAUUGCCUCCUUUGGACAUUUAUUAAUUGAGGAAUGGCUUGUAUUCUUAUAAAUAUGACUCAUUUCUCUAUAUAUUUGAGAAAUGACCCCUUCAUUAGAGAUUACUGUAAAGAUUACUAUUACUAUGAAAAUUACUAUUACUGUAAAGAUUAUUUCCCAGAUUUUUAAUGUCCUUCUAAUGCUGAUUACAUUGAUUUUGUUUGUGCAAAAUCUUUUUUUAGUUAAAAUAACCAAAAUUUUUUAUUUUACAUUUUUUAAUGUUAACUAUCUUUUAUUUGGUCAUGAAUUCUUCCCAUCUCCACAAAUCUGAUAGAUAGAUUGUUCCUUGCUCUUCUAAUUUGCUUUGUAUCAUCAUUUAUAUUUAAAUCAUGUAGCUGUUUUGACCUUGUCUUGGUAUAUCAUGUGAGAUGUUGGUCUAUAUUUUGUGUCUUAUUGUUUUCCAGUUUUCCCAGCAGUUUUUGUCAAAUAGUGAACUCUUAUCCCAAAGGCUAGAGUCUACCGUAGUCAUUUACUCUUUGUCUUCUUUACCUAAUCUUUCCCACUGAUUCACCAUUCUAUUUCUUAGCCAGUUUUGAUGAUCACUGCUUUAUAAUAUGGUAUGAGAUCUGAUAUGCGUAGACCACUUUACUUUGUAUUUUUUAAAAAAUUAAGUCUUUUGAUAUUCUUUAUUUUUUGUUCUUCCAGAUGAAUUUUGUUGGGGUUUUUUUUUAAGCUCUGUAAAAUAGUUUUUGGUAUAAUUGAUAUGGCACUGCAAAAAUAAAUUAGUUUAAACAGAA